AUGGAUCAAUCAGACACUACUCACCCGCCGAUGCCGAACGUCAAUCCCCUUGCAGUCAAGGGUUGGGUAGCUAUUGAAGAUGAGAGAGGACUCUCUACCGUCGACGUAGCUAUUAUGCGAAACCUCGAAUUCCUUGCUACCCAGAACCAAUCAAUCAUGCAGACACAAGAGAAAAUCCUCGAGGCGCUCAACAAGAAGCAAGGCCGACGAAGCAGUCUAUCAUCAACUGGCACUGCUGUCACCGAGACCACUGACGGUGACGACCUCACAGGCGUAGCAGAUCAGGCCGACCCGACGGUCAUCGCAGCCUUUGAGGCACUUAACAACCCAACUGGCGAUAUGAAUAUCGCCCUCACUGAGACUCACCAGGCUUUCAUGGACGACACGGGCAACAAACUCUAUGUCAAGCGCACGAUUACUGCAACCAGAGCCGCAAUGUCAUUCCGUGAUCAUAUCGGCGAGACCUUUUCCGUUGAAAGCAGCGACGAUGCAGCCUCCGACAGCGACCACGACCUCAAAAAGUCUAUCGUGGAUCAUUUGGCCAUUCUCAACUCUGACCUGGUUACGGCAAUCUACAUCAACUUGAACAAGGCGAUGAAGGCUCGUAAGAGCAAGUCCAAGAAGGGCGGCGUUGCCGCUACUCGGGCAUCAACGCCAGCUGAAGCAACACAAGAUAUUCUGUCUUCGCCCUUGGCCCACCGUGUACGUCGAUCUACAGGUCGCAUCUUUGUGUCUUCAGACAGCGAAGAGCCUGCUGGCGCGUCGACGCCAAAAGCCAACCCUGGUCACAGUGAUGAGAACUCACAACAGACGCAGGUAUCACUGACCUCUGUCGAGGUCAGACGAUCCAACCAGACCUUGCGUUUUGAGAGUGAGAGUGAGGGUGAGGGUGACGAUGACGAGAUGCGCGGAUAG